UGUGUGUGUGUGUGUGUGUGUGUGUGUAAGAUAAGCAUUCUGAUUUGUCUGGAUUUUUGAAUGUGUUUUCUCAGGUCAGUUCAUCAUGGCACAUACAGCUGUAAGUGUCCAGCCAGGCAUGAUGGUGAGCACGACUAACGUGACUUCAACCCUGUGGAGCACCGGAUUGUGUGACUGCUGUGAUGACAUGGGCAUCUGUUGCUUUGGGCUUUGGUGUCCAUGCUGCCUCAUGUGUAGAACCAGUGAAGAAUUUGGAGAGUGUCUCUGUCUCCCCCUGCUGGAGUUAUGCUUUGGUGGCAUGUUGCAUCCUAUUACACUCUCUAUGAGGAGCGCCAUGAGAGAGAGAUUCCAAAUUAAAGGCUCGAUACAGGAUGACUGCUGUACAGUGUUCUGCUGCACUUUGUGCGUCUGGUGUCAGAUGGCCAGAGAGCUGAAGGCUCGACGAAACCCUAUGGUGGUCGUUAACACGGUUCACCAUCAGCCGCAAGCUUUCAACCAGCCAACUCAAUCCAUCAAUGCAUCCUACCAGCCUCUGAACCCCGGCAAUCCUCCAUACUGACGGCCUCGGUGCAUAUGAGCACACCUGCCUUGCUUUAACCUCAAGCUCCCUAAAGAGCAAA